CAACAACACACAGCCAGUCUUUAUGUAUGAACUGUCUUCUUUGCAGGAAAACAGAUAUUAAUUUUUACUUUUUUCUGCAAUUCGUGCAGAAUAAUCACACGAAAAGACCAAUUGGAGACAUCUUAUUCUCUAUUAUAGCGGCUCCACACGUACUUAGUAUUUACAGACGCUUUUGGUCAAGGUUUUAGGAAUAUUUUCUGCGGAACGUCUUGUCUGCUUUCAUCAAAAUGGAUGAAAUCUUGAGCGAUAUAAACUUUGACGAAGGUAUUGCCAUGCCGGUGGCAAAUACGGCAAACAAGCAACUAGAGGCUGAGGUCGAUGCCACCCAGAAGAACUUGGUUAUGACCAAGGACCAGUUGGAAGAGCACAAAGAUCGAAUUUACGCCAUGAGUGAGCACCUGAAAAAUGUCCAGCAAGAAUUAUACCAUACCCAGGAACUGCUGAAUGCCAGGAAGCGAGAGAUUGAGACUGAGAACCACUUACGCCAAGUUGCUGAAAGAGAAGAAGGCAGGCUGAAAAAUGAUAUCCGAAGAUUAACUAAUGAAAUUAAUGAUUUGAAAGAAAAGAGAAAUAUCUAUGAGAACAAUAUUUUUAAGAAUACUCAGAAGCUUGAGGAUCUAAAAGCCCAGAUGAACUGGGACCAGAAGGCUCUAGAAGCAUGGCUUGAGGAGUCUGCUCGCAAGGACGAGGAUGCCUUAACAUUGCAAAAGUACACCAGGUCUGAUGAGGCUAAGAUCAAGGAGCUUUCUCUGCAAAUGGAAAGAAUGACCGAUGAGGCUGGCAAGAAGCGCAAAAACCUAGAGCAUGAAUUGACACAAACAAUGACUGCACAGAUUGAGCUUGACAAGACUGCAGAAGAGUUCCGCAAGGCCCACUCUGAUCGCCAGGAGCUACUCAGGCAGUGGGAGAGUACCAUUGAACAGAUGCAGAAACGAGACAGGGAAAUGGAUGUUCUUGCUGUGAGGUUGGCAGAGGUGAAGCUUGAAGUCAGAGAAAGAGAAGAGCAGAUAUUAGAGAAACAGAAAUUCCUGGAAAAUGAGCUAGACAAUAAUAAAGAGAAAGAGAAGAAGGUUGGAGCUGCUGAGAGACUUGCUGCUAAGCUACGUCUUGAGUAUCAGGAUGCAGAGCGAACUAGGAUUCAAUUCCAAGAUGAGCUGAAUACUCUGAAGUAUACUGUGGACAGGACUGCCAAAGAUCUGGAGGCCACCAGGCAGAAGUACAAUGAACUGAAAAAGGAAGUCUUAACCAGGGCUGAAAGGCUUGAGAGGGUCCAACAGGAGAGAGCUGACCUGCAAGACCAGCUUAAGAUAGCGACAGAUGAAAGCCUGUCAGCAGAGCAACGGGCACAGAUGCUUGUCGCGCGUUUAGAGGAGGAGGAACGUAAGAUAUAUGAGGUGGAAAAGCUCCUUGCCAGGCUACGUGAGAUGCAGUUCAAGAAGACUGAGGAGCUGCAUCAUUGUAAAGGGCUGGAGAAGAACGCGUCUGCUGAGAUCCAGGGGGCUCGGGCAGCUAGUAGGAAUUUAAGCAGCAAGCUGCACAAGUUGGACCAGGAAUCACUCAAACAGCAGGAAAUCAUCUACAUGCAGGAUUUUUCCCUUCAACAACUUGAGCGCAAAAUCAAUCGUCUUCAGGGUGAACGAAGCAACGAGGAGAAACUACAGUUAGAAGCAAAGAUACAGGAGUUGUCUUCACAAAUGGACGAACACAAUGCGACACACACGCUCCUCACCGCGCAGAUGAAGAAUCUUAGCGAUGAUCUGAGGCGGGCCAAUCGAGAUCUCACUAAAGGAAAGGACGAGAUGAAUAACUUGACCAGUAAAAUAGAUGAAUUAAACCUUCACAACGAUAGCGCGGAGAGGGAAAGACGGAAAAUCAUUGCACUCAAGCAGGACCUAAUGGUUGAUGAAAACAUCCUCAAGUUAGAGAUCAAGAGGCUCAGCACUCACCUCAGCAAGAAAGCUGAUAAUGUGCUGAGUCUAGAGAACAGAAGACUUAACUUGGAAACGUCGAUGAAAGAGCGCCGUCAUGAAAUCGGCAUCCACAAGGACAUGUUGCGUGCACAGCUCAAAUCCGCGGAGGAGGAGCGGCAGACUGUCAGUGCUGAGCUCCAAGAAAGAAUCUCAAAAAUCGAGAAACUGCGUAAAAGGUACGAGAUCCUGAUGGUGUCCAUGGCCCCGCCCGAGGGCGAGGAGGAGAGGUCCCAAGCAUACUACGUUAUCAAGGCUGCUCAGGAGAAGGAGGAACUUCAGCGUGAAGGGGACGAGCUCGACGCCAAGAUCCGCAAGGCCGAGAAGGAAAUAAGAGCCCUCGAGAACACCCUCCGCCUGAUGAACAGCCGCAACGAGACGUACCGCAAGAGCUUUAACAAGGUGGACGAGACGAGCGACGAGUUUGACGAGAAACAGCGCCUGGAGGAGCAGAUGCGAGCCGUCAUGGACAAGUACAAGUACAAACGGCGACAGAUCCGCGAGCUGCAGGAAGACCUGGGGACCAUGCAGGUGACCCUUGACAAACUGACGGCCGACGAACAGGGCAUGGUGGAGGUGAUCGACGAGAAACAGCAGAAGAUGCAGAACCUGCAGCGCGAACUGGAUGACCAGAAAGGCAAGAGGGAGCGUGCGGGUAAACAGGUGUCUAAGAUUGCACGUGCCGUACGCAGCGCCAAGAAGAGUCGCGGGGAGCUCCACGAGGAGAAGGAUAUCGAGCUGAGGGAGCUGCGAGAUUUCAACUCCAAGACAAUGAAACAGAUGGGCGAGGUCAUCCACAGCUACCCCGACCUCGCACCAAGCGUGAACAUGUACUUUGGACAGGCUGGGCUACCUGCGCCUCCCUCGCCGGGGCCUGGAUCCUCGCGCCCAGGCUCUUCACGGAGUUCCCGUAGCUCGGGUUCCAUGUCUUCCGCCAGGUCUGAUCUAUCGACUGGAAGUCGCCGUGGUAUUGGUACAGUGACGAUCGGCGCCGCCGGACUCGGAAUAACCGGCACAGCAAGCCCAAAAUCAGGUGUCUCGCCUUCGGCCAGUGCUCGAGACCGACCGCCAUCCGGCGCCUCACGAGCAUCCUCUCGAGGGAGUAGCGGAGGAAGCCGACGUUAGACGUGGCAUACGGGUUCUUGAUUUUUAAUAUGCUGUACAUAUUAUUUGUAACAUAGUCUUGAAAAUGAUAUCAAAUAGUAACAAUCAACCUUAAAUAAAGUGUGCUUGAAAACCCUCUAA